AUGCGACCUCUGGAAAAUCCUCAUUGGACCUCCAAAGAGGUUUCGACCCACAGGAUGAGAACCGCUGACAUAGGAGCAGUAUUAAUUUUAUUAAACGUUUUGAAUCCUAUCCAGCACAAUGCAACGUUCAGUUUUGCCAGCAAUGCCAAGCACCGAACAGAUGUUCCGUCUGUAACAGUGGCUACUAUCUGGAUAGUAAUGCAAACUGCGUUCGUAACAAUUCCGGUAUCAUGCAACGUGGCAAACUGCAAGUCAUGUCUCGUUGCAAAUGUAUGCAUCCAAUGCAACGAUGGAUACACGCUGGACACCAAUAACAACGUUUGCAGAAUCCAGUGUAAUAUUGGUAACUGCCUGACGUGUAACUCUCCGAACGUGUGUGCCAUCUGUAUCGUUGGAUACACUUUGAAUGCCGCCAACAACAGAUGCGAUGUACAGUGCAGCGUUCCAAAUUGUCAAAACUGUCAGUCACCCAACAGAUGUUCUCAGUGUAACAGUGGUUACAACUUGGAUGGCAAUGGAAACUGUAUUGUUCAGUGCAACGUUGGCAAUUGUUUCUUGUGCGGCACACCGAACGUGUGCGCCAUUUGCAACAAUGGAUACACUUUGAAUGCCGCUAACAACAGAUGCGAUGUGCAGUGCAACGUUCCGAAUUGUCAGAACUGUCAAUCACCCAACAGAUGUUCCCAAUGUAACAGUGGUUACAACUUGGAUAACAGUGGAAACUGCGUUCCCGCACCAAUCCCAUGCAACGUUGCAAACUGUCGAUCCUGUUCAGUAGCAAAUGUAUGUUACCAGUGCAAUGAUGGCUACAACCUGGAUACGAACAACAACAUUUGCAGAAUUCAAUGCAAUGUUGCCAAUUGUUUGUCGUGCAACACACCGAACGUGUGCGCUGUGUGUAGCACUGGAUACAACUUGAAUGCCGCUAACAACAGAUGCAAUGUGCAGUGCAACGUCCCAAACUGUCAAAAUUGUCAGACACCCAACAGAUGUUCUCAGUGUAACAGUGGCUACAACUUGGAUAGCAAUGGAAACUGUAUUCUCCAAUGCAACGUUGCCAAUUGCUUCUCCUGCAACACACCGAACGCGUGUGCAGUCUGUAACAGUGGAUACAUUCUGAAUUCCGCUAACAACAGAUGCGACGUGCAAUGCAACGUUCCAAACUGUCAAUUCUGCCAGUCUCCAAACCAGUGCUCUCAAUGUAACAGUGGCUACAACCUGAACAAUGGGAACUGUUCUCCCCAGUGCAACGUUCAGUUCUGCCAGCAGUGCCAAACACCGAACAGAUGUUCAGCUUGUAACAGUGGCUACAAUUUGGAUGGGAGUGGAAACUGCGUUCCUCAAUGCAACCUGGAGAACUGCCAGCAAUGUUCAACACCGAACAGAUGUUCAAAUUGUGCUAACGGUUUUGUUUUGAACAAUGAUGGAACAUGCCGUCUCGCCCCAAUCCCAUGCAACGUUGCAAACUGUCGAACAUGCUUCGUAGCGAAUGUCUGCUACCAGUGCAAUGAUGGUUACACACUCGAUACAAACAAUAACGUCUGCAGAAUUCAAUGCAACGUUGUCAAUUGUUUGUCGUGCAACACACCGAACGUGUGUGCGUUCUGCAACAGUGGAUACAACUUGAAUGUCGCUAACAACAGAUGCGACGUUCAGUGCAACGUAGCUAACUGUUUCUCGUGCAACGCACCGAACGUCUGUGCUGUUUGCAACAAUGGAUACACUUUGAAUACCGCCAACAACCGAUGCGAUGUGCAAUGCAACGUUCCAAACUGUCAAUUCUGCCUGUCUCCAAACCAGUGCUCCCAAUGUAACAGUGGCUACAACCCGAACAAUGGAAACUGUUCUCCGCAAUGCAACGUUCAGUUUUGCCAACAGUGCCAAACACCGAACAGAUGUUCUGCGUGUAACAGUGGCUACAAUUUGGAUGGGAGUGGAAACUGCAUUUUGCAGUGCAACGUUCCAAAUUGUCAAAACUGUCAGACCCCCAACAGAUGUUCCCAAUGUAACAGUGGUUACAUUUUGGAUGGCAAUGGAAACUGCGUUGUUCAGUGCAACGUUGCUAACUGUUUGUCGUGCAACACACCGAACGUGUGUGCAGUUUGCAACAAUGGAUACACUUUGAACGCUGCCAACAACAGAUGCGAUGUGCAAUGCAACGUUCCAAACUGUCAAUUCUGCCAGUCUCCAAACCAGUGCUCCCAAUGUAACAGUGGCUACAACCCGAACAAUGGGAACUGUUCUCCCCAGUGCAACGUUCAGUUCUGCCAGCAGUGCCAAACACCGAACAGAUGUUCAGCUUGUAACAGUGGCUACAAUUUGGAUGGGAGUGGAAACUGCGUUCUUCAGUGCAACGUGGAAAACUGCCGGCAAUGCUCAUCUCCGAACAGGUGUUCGGAUUGUGCAAGUGGUUUUGUUCUGAGCAGUGGUGGAACUUGUCGUGCUGAGCAAAUCUCGUGCAAUGUUGUAAAUUGCCGAACGUGUCUUUCUUCAAACGUCUGUUACCAGUGCAUUGACGGAUACACGUUGGACGCCAUUAAUAACCUUUGCAGAAUACAGUGUAACAUUGGCAAUUGUUUUCUGUGUAACACGCCGAACGUCUGUGCAGUCUGCAAUACGGGGUACAAUCUCAAUGUUGCUAACAACAAAUGCGAUGUUCAGUGCAACGUUCCGAAUUGCCAAUUCUGUCAAUCGCCUGAUAGAUGUUCUCAGUGUAACAGCGGUUACAACUUGGGUAACAAUGGAAAUUGCAUUUUGCAAUGUAACGUUGCCGAUUGUUAUGCGUGCACCGCUCCCAACGUGUGUAGACUUUGCAACAGUGGAUUCACUUUGAACAGCGCUAGCAACAGAUGCGAUGCACAGUGCAACGUUCCAAACUGUCAAAGUUGUCAGCCACCCAACAGAUGUUCUCAGUGUAACAGUGGCUACAACUUGGAUAGCAGUGGAAACUGCGUUGUUCAGUGCAACGUUCCAAACUGUCAACAGUGUCAGUCACCCAACAGAUGCUCCCAGUGUAACGGUGGCUACAACUUGGAUAGCAAUGGAAACUGCGUUGUGGCCCCAAUCCCAUGCAACGUUGCAAACUGUCGAACAUGCUUCGUAGCGAAUGUCUGCUACCAGUGCAAUGAUGGUUACACACUCGAUACAAACAAUAACGUCUGCAGAAUUCAGUGUAACGUUGGCAAUUGUUUCUUAUGUAACACACCGAACGUAUGUGCCGUCUGUAACAGUGGAUACAACUUGAAUGUCCCAAGCAACAGAUGCGACGUUCAGUGCAACUUUGCAAAUUGUCAAAACUGUCAGUCACCAAACAGAUGUUCUCAGUGUAACAGUGAUUACAACUUGGAUAACAGUGGAAACUGCGUUGCGCAAUGCAACGUUCAGUUCUGCCAGCAGUGCCAAACACCGAACAGAUGUUCAGCUUGUAACAGUGGCUACAAUUUGGAUGGGAGUGGAAACUGCGUUCCUCAGUGCAACGUACCAAACUGCCAGCAAUGUUCAACACCGAACAGAUGCUCCAGUUGCGUGAAUGGUUUUGAGCUGAGUGGUGGUGGAACUUGCCGCGCCGCCCAAAUCCCGUGCAACGUUGCAAACUGUCGAACAUGUCUCGUUGCAAAUGUUUGCUACCAGUGCACUGAUGGUUACACACUGGACACCAACAAUAACGCUUGCAGAAUUCAAUGUAGCGUUGCCAAUUGCUUCGCGUGUAACACACCGAACGUGUGCUCAGUUUGCAACAGUGGAUUCAGUUUGAACGUCCCCAACAACAGAUGCGAUGUCCUCUGCAACGUUCCAAACUGUCAAUACUGUCAGACGCCGAACAGAUGUUCUCAGUGCAACAGUGGUUACAACACAGAUAACAGUGGAAACUGCAUUCUUCAGUGCAACGUUGCAAAUUGCCUUUCUUGCAACACACCCAACGUGUGCGCGGUCUGCAGCAAUGGAUACACUUUGAACUCUGCCAACAACAGAUGCGACGUACAGUGCAACGUCCAAAAUUGUCAAUACUGCCAGUCUCCCAGCAGAUGCUUCCAAUGCAACGCUGGUUACAGCCUGGAUAACAAUGGAGAUUGCGUUUCUCAGUGCAACGUUCAAUACUGCCAGCAGUGCCAGACACCGAACAGAUGUUCCUCGUGUAUAAGCGGCUACAAUUUGGAUGGUAAUGGAUACUGCGUUCCUCAGUGCGGCAUUUUAAACUGCAUACAAUGUCUGACGCCUAACAGAUGUUCGGCCUGCAACAGUGGCUACUAUGUUGAUAGCAAUGCUAACUGCAGCCAUUGCCCACUAUCGAAUUGCGACCGCUGCCUCUCCGCGACAGUUUGCGACAGCUGCAGGAGUGGCUACGAGUGGAGCACCCUUGUACAGCCACCAUCUUGCAUUCCCUGCAACCUACCGAACUGCCUCGAUUGUACCUCAUUGAACCAGUGCAGAACCUGCAAUCCUGGAUACUUCUGGUACCCACCCUACCAAGCGUGCACGAGAAUGGUGGAAAGGCAGAAAUACGCGGACAUCUUGAACUUUCUGUCCAACAUGGUCCUCAGUUUGCCCCUAUCCAAUAAUCAGAUACGAGUGUCGGUGAUGACGUACAGCGAUUUCCCCGUAUUCAACAUACCCUUUACUGCCAGCCCGAACCUGACAGUCGUAGCGAAUCAGAUAAGGAACCUCCCAUACGUGGGUCAGUACGCUGACCUUGGGGCAGCUCUGAAACAGCUGUACAACGUCACAAUCCUCAACUCCCUGAGGCCCUCCCCCGUCCUGGCAGUGGCUGUUGUGGUGACCAACGGUGUCUCGAACGAUAGGAACUCGUCGUUGAGUGAGGCAAUGCUGGUGAAGAGUCAGUCGCGAUUCAUCGUCUCUACGUUGACCGUUGCUUCAUUCAAGGACGAUUAUGUUCUAAGUCAGAUUGCUUCAUAUCCUUACUGGCUGAACACCUUCCAAGUUUCAGUGGCCAGCAACCUAACAGCAGUCCAGAAGCCACUAACUGAGUUCACCUGCAACAGUAAAAACGAGUGCCAGUUGGGCAAUCCGUGUAGGAACGGAAGAUGCGAGGACAGAAUCAACAGUUACGAGUGCAUCUGCAAUCCUGGCUGGGGGGGCAAAAACUGUGAUACUGUGAGAUGUGCGUCAUCUGGUGACAUAGUUUUUGUGCUGGACAGUUCGGGCAGCGUUGAGAACGAUUACUUCCUAUUGGUCAUUCAAUUCGUCCAGAAUGUCAUCAGCCAAUUAGAUAUCGCCACUUCGCAGAAUGAUAACACUGGAAUUCAGGUUGGAUUAAUCGUAUACUCGACAUCUCCCAGGGUGAUAUUUUAUUUGAACACCUACCACAGCAAGAACAGGUUGGUAGAAGCCGUCAACGUGCCAUUCAUGUCAGGGGCAACCAACACAGCAGAUGCCAUUAGGUAUAAAAUGAGAUAUUAA